AUGCCGCCCUCCAGGGUAAUCACCGCCGAUGACCUCCCGGCGCUCCUGAGCAGCGACAACAAGGUCAAGGUCGCCGGGAUCGACGUCGACGGCAUGCUCCGCGGCAAGCUCAUGUCCAAGCAGAAAUUCCUAUCCAUCGCCGAGUCCGGCUUCGGUUUUUGCUCCGUCAUCUUCGGCUGGGACAUGCACGACCUGGUCUACCAGCGCGAGCUCAAGAUCAGCAACUCCGAGAACGGCUACCGCGACGUCGUCGCCGUGCCCGACCUCUCCAGCUACCGUCGCAUCCCCUGGGAGGACAACGUGCCUUUCUUCCUCGUGAGCUUCUUUGAUCCCGAUACCAUGAAACCCAUUUGCGCCUGUCCCCGCGGCCUGCUUAAGAGCACCCUUGAAAAGCUUCAGGCUAAGGGGAUGGGUGCUAUGGCCGGGGCCGAAUACGAAUUCUUCCAGUUCAAAGUCCCCUCGAGCGCUCUGGAAACCCAAACCUCUGCAGCCAAGUUCCUCUCGGACAAUCCCCCUCACGCGCUGCCUUCCUUGACCGAGGGCAUGUUCGGCUACAGCGUCACGCGCCCCGUUCAAAACAAGGACUAUUACUACGAGGUGUUCGAGAACUGCGCCCGCUUCCAAUGCGACAUCGAGGGGUGGCACACCGAGAGCGGACCGGGCGUCUACGAGGCGGCGCUGGAGUUUGGCGAAAUCGCCGAGAUGGCCGACCGAGCCAGCCUGUUCAAGUACGUCGUCAAAUCGACCGCCACGAAGUACGGCAUCACCCCAUGCUUCAUGGCCAAGCCGAGACAGGGGCUCCCCGGGAACAGCGGCCACAUGCACAUCUCCCUCGUGGACGGAAGCAACAAGAACCUCUUCGGCCGGGCCGCCGACGACGCGGACCCGAACGCGCCGUGGCCCGACGUCGCGCACCUCUCCGACCUGGGCCGGCACUUCCUCGCGGGGAUCCUCGACGGGCUGCCGGACGUGAUGCCCCUCGUGGCGCCCAACGUCAACUCGUACAAGCGCCUGGUGGAGAACUUCUGGGCGCCCGUGACGGUGUCGUGGGGGCUGGAGCACCGGGCGGCGUCGAUCCGGCUCAUCGCGCCGCCGACGGCCAAGGCGGGCGCCACGCGGUUCGAGGUCCGGGUCGGCGGCGCGGAUACGAACCCGUACUACGUCCUCGCGGCGGUGCUGGCGCUGGGGUGGCGCGGCGUCGAGAGGGAGCUGGCGAUCCCCGUACCGCCGCUCGGCAGGGGGGAGGAGGUCGGGAGCAGCGCCGACGGGGGGGUCCGGCUGGCCAGGAGCCUCAGGGAGGCGAACGAGCGGUUCAUGCGGAAGGGGAGCGUGGCGCGGGAGGUGUUUGGUGAUGACUUUGUGGACCACUACGGCGGCACGAGGGAGCAUGAGAUUCGGCUGUGGGAUGAGGCGGUGACUGAUUGGGAGGUCAAGAGGUAUAUCGAGACGGUGUAA